UGAGCUAUAUAAGAAAGUUCAGGGACUCGCUGCGCAUUCAUUUUCGUCACGCCUGUGAAGACACUUCUAGAUAAUAUCUACACGUUUUACGAUAUAUUUCUACACAUUUAAGAAUGGUCGACAACAAGGUUUUGUCCUCUCAAGAGAUCUUCGCAUUGGAAGAUGAGUACGGAUGCCGCAACUACGCCCCAGUAAAAGUAGCACUAUCUCGAGGCGAAGGAGUGUUCGUAUGGGACGUUGAAGGCAAGAAGUAUUAUGACUUCCUGAGCGCAUACUCCGCAUUGAACCAGGGUCACUGCCACCCCAGAAUCAUCGCCGCACUCAAAAAGCAGGCAGAGAAGCUAACACUAGUCUCCAGAGCAUUCUACACUGACCAACUGGGCAGAUAUGAGAAGUUCAUGACGAGCCUACUCGGCUUCGACCGGCUGCUGGCCAUGAAUUCCGGUGUGGAGGGCGGUGAGAGCGCCUGUAAGAUCGCGCGCAAGUGGGGCUAUGACGUCAAGAAGAUACCCGAGGGACAAGCUAAGAUUAUAUUCGCUGAAGGCAAUUUCUGGGGUCGCACCAUGUCGGCGGUGUCGACCUCAUCGGACCCGACCUGCUACCAGGGCUUUGGCCCCUACAUGCCUGGCUUUAAGCUCAUCCCUUUCAACGACGUUGAAGCUUUAGAGAAAGAAUUACAAGACCCGACAGUGGCCGCGUUCAUGGUGGAGCCCAUCCAGGGAGAAGCCGGCACCGUGAUCCCGGACGAUGGCUACCUGAAGAAGGUUCGCGAACUCUGCACCAAGUACAAUGUGCUGUGGAUUGCUGACGAAGUACAAACUGGAUUAGGUCGCACAGGCAAGUUGCUGGCUGUUCAGCAUGAGGACGUGAAGCCCGACAUUCUUAUUCUGGGCAAGGCUCUGAGUGGCGGCGUUUUGCCGGUCUCCGCAGUGCUGGCGAGCCACGAAGUCAUGAAUGUCAUCAAACCUGGAACCCAUGGGUCAACGUAUGGCGGCAAUCCCUUGGCUUGUGCGGUCGCCAUGGAAGCAAUGAAGGUAUUAUUAGAUGAAAAACUGCCAGAGAGAGCAGAAAAGUUGGGAAAGGUGCUACUUGAAGAACUGAGAAAGAUCCCCAAAGACAAAGUCACCCUCGUCAGGGGGCGCGGACUAAUGUUAGCGAUGGUGGUGCACGACAGCAUUCCAGCGUACGACGUGAUCGUCAGACUGCGGGACGCCGGCCUGCUGACAAAGACCACCCACGGGCAGGUCAUCCGCCUGGCGCCGCCGCUCGUCAUCACCGAGGAGCAGGUCCGCGACGGCGCCAACAUCAUCAGGAAGGUCUUCGAAAGCUUCGACAAAUAAACUCUCCUCUGCCUCAGGUCUCAUCUCCUUUACACGACCGAGAAGCGGUCACAGCGAAUGUUGCUUAAACAAGGACUCCUAUUUUAUGUGAAAUGAUUAAUGUUUACGGUAUCUAGUUUAAAAUAAGCGCAGACUGAGACUUUUGGGCAGAGCUUUACAAGAGUAUUUUAUUAUUUAUAAGUUUUCGAAAAAAUAAUAUAUUAAAAAUAUUGAUCUGUCAUGUUAUUGUUCUGUAGAAGAAUCGUGCAGUGAAAUGAUCGAUAUAUUUUACAAUAAAUUUAUUAUUAUAAUAAUAAUGCAAUAUUAUUUAAACAAGCGUCUCACAACACCCUCAUAAUCACAGUUAGUCGAGGUAAAAUACUGUACUUUUUAAAUAUAGGUAUACCGCGAAACGUGUGUACUAGAAUAAAGGCAACAAUAUCACAAA